GGCAUAUCUUUGUGUGUGCAGCUGCAUCAAUGUUUGUGUCUGCUUCAGAAACAGCAGAGGAGCUUUCGGGAGGGGUUUCUUCUGUGCCACGCUUCAGCCAUGGCCGCAAAGGUUGUUCACUGGAAGAGCUAUCUCCAGGUGAUUCUGUCCCGUGAAAGCCGGAGAGUUGAGUGUUUCCAGAAAGCAGAGAACAUUCUGCUUAUUGUACUGGAGAGAGUCAAUGCGAUGGACCCCAGGUUUAUAGUGGAUUAUUCAAGAAACCUGGAAGCCUUGGAAUUUGCCCUCUCUGCUGCCGAGGAUGAAGUAAGCAUGGAGGUUCCCUUGUGUAUCGAUGCGGAUGCCCUCUUGAUGCAGGAGUGUUCAGGUGAACAGAGCGACUCCGAGAAAGUUACCCGUGGGAACUACCAGAUGCCAGGAUCUUGCUAUGUAGGAGUACCUAAGGAAGGUGCUCACCCUGAAAACUGGACCAAAGAAGAUGUAUUCAGUGCGGUGGGUGGUACUGAAUCCAGUGGCCACAUUGUGCCAGGCAAGGUCCUUCAUCUCCUGAAAGAAUUGAUCAUUGCUGCGAUUGUGCAUUGCAGACACCAGUCCCUUAUCAAACCAGGUGAACUCAGUGCUGAGAGGCUGAAGGAUGAUGACAUGCAGCUGCCUUUGCUAGUGUCCAGUGGAUGGAAAAUGAUCUGCUUCAAUGUUGUCCCUGUAAUAAGGAGAAAGCAGGAUGUUCUGAAACUCAGCAACAAUUGGCGAGAAAAGGGUUUCCCACAAAGCAGCAUGAGCAAAGUCACUCAGGAAGCUGACUACAUCCCUGCCAGUUACUAUCACUGGAGAUAUUCCACCAACCGUCCCAUCCUGAAACUCAUUCAGAUUGUGAGCACCCUAAAGGGGUAUCGUUUGGACAGCCUCCGCCUCCUUGAUCAAGUCGCCCAUGAGAACUGGAGAGAGGAAGGCAAGAAAUGUGGGCUUGCAUUUCACCACUUGAAGAUGGUGUUGCUCUGGGCCACUCACUUUUUCCCUUCCCCUGAAGACUGGAUGGAUCUGGAAGGGUCCGUGUAUCGUCUUCUGGUGAUCUUGCUUUGUUGCUUAGUGACCAAACACCUCCCCCAUUUCCUGUAUCCAGAGCAAAAUAUGUUCCAGGGUGAUGAUGUCUUGGAACUGAGCUCUUUGUAUCCCAAAGUGGAGAGUUUUGCUAUCGAACCUGAGCAUUUCCUGAAGUUCAAUUUUGUAAGGGAAGGCAAAACACACCAGCAGAUGGACAAUGGUCUCAAAGCCUUACUUCACCUCCCAGCUGAGGAUAAAGCCUACUGGAGCACUGCCUUCUUUGAUAUGCUGCUUAAUAAGUUUCAGAUGUACCAUAUCAAAGACACACAGCGGAUUUCUGCUAUGUCCCAACUCUUGUCUAACAUCAAGAAAAUGGUGAAGAACCAGAGUUGAAAACAUUACUGUGGGAUCACAAGCUUUCCUGCCUGAAUGGACUUCACUUUGUUUCCUGUGAUCAAAAUUCCUAUCUGUUGUUGUUAAUGGCUUAUUUUUAUUUUUGGCUGUUGUGAUAAUUGCUUUAACAACAAGAAGAGCACACACAAAAUGACAACUUGUAAUUGUAACCUGGUGGAAAUCACCAGACGGCAAUUCCAUCAUUAGGAAUGAGGGUCCAAUUUUCUAUCCACUGUUUUUUAUAUAAGAAGUGAAUGUCCACAGUAGUGUUAUUUUAUGUAUAUAGUGCUCUGUAACAAUUAAGGGGAAGGAAUAAUAUAUUCACAUACUGUAACAACUAGGUGAAAGAUUCUGAGUCUCUGCAUCUCAGCAGAACAGGGAGGCCUGUGCCUGAGGGAGAUGCAAGGUUCCUCUGAAAGAAAUAUUUUUUAUUUUAUUUAUUUAUUGAAUUUAUAUACCACCCUAUACCUGAAGGUCUCAGGGCGGU